GUCACCCUCGCCAUCUUUACACCGGAUAUGACGCAACGGAAAAGCACGCGGAAAUAAACAGCCAAGCUGUCAAGGUAACAUGGACGAGUGCAGUGAAAGUGGUUUAUUUGUAAAAUAAUGUGGAACCAUAAACUUCGCAUGAAGUCGAUUUGAAGGGCUUGGGGCUAAUGUGGUGCAGCUGCAUUGAAAGUGGCACCUGUUGAUGCUAUGGCAUCACCCCCCUUCCCCCUUUUCAUUGCCCUGCUGUUCCUGACAACGCUCCCUCUGCAGUCUUUUUGCUUACUUGAAUUUGCAACUCUGUCCUGUGAACCUGGGCGCUCGUGGGUAGUGCAGCUGAACCACAGAUCUGUGCCACAUGAAAACUCCCUGGACGAGCUGGCUAAACGCGUGGCACUAGAGGCUGGUCUCGAAAGCCACGGGCAGAUCGGGCAACUCCAUGGCCAUUACCUGCUCUGCCAGGUGACAGACAAGGACGAGCAAGAUAGAGCAGCUGGCCAGACACUGGACAGUCAUCCUCAUGUGGUCUGGCACUCGCAGGAGAACAUUCUGCGCAGGUCCAAGAGGAGCUUGACCUUCAACGAUCCCAAAUAUCCGAGCCAGUGGCAUUUGCACAAUGACAUGAGGCAGGGCAUGGACAUCAACGUGACCGGCGUGUGGGAGCAUAACAUCACCGGUGCGGGCGUCACUGUGGUCGUAGUGGAUGACGGCUUGCAGCACACACUAGAGGACAUUCAGCCCAACUAUUCUCCGGAAGGCAGCUACGAUCUGAAUUCAAAUGAUCCAGAUCCGAUGCCACACCCAGACUCGCACAGCGAUAACCACCACGGUACACGAUGUGCAGGCGAGAUCGCUGCAGUGCCUAACAACAGCUUCUGCGCCGUGGGAGUCGCCUAUGGCAGCAAGGUGGCGGGUAUCAGAGUUCUGGACGGUCCGCUCACCGACAGCAUGGAGGCCGUGGCUUUUAAUAAACAUUACCAGGUCAAUGAUGUUUACAGCUGCAGCUGGGGACCGGAUGACGACGGACGGACUGUCGAUGGACCACACCCCCUAGGCCAGGCAGCACUAAAACAUGGAGUUCUAGCUGGUAGAAGAGGCUUCGGGAGUAUCUUCGUCGUCGCCAGCGGCAACGGAGGCUUGUUUAACGACAACUGCAACUACGACGGCUACGCUAACUCUAUCUACACGGUCACCAUUGGUGCGGUAGACGAGAACGGGAAGAUGCCGUUCUAUGCAGAAGAGUGUGCAUCCAUGCUGGCUGUGACUUUCAGCAGUGGAGGAAGACAACUGCGCAGCAUCGUGACAUCAGACUGGUCGCUCCAGGAGGGCACGGGUUGUACCGAAGGUCACACGGGUACAUCAGCAGCAGCUCCGUUAGCAGCAGGCAUGGUGGCACUGAUGCUGCAGGUGCGACCCUGUUUAACAUGGCGGGACGUUCAGCACAUCAUCACGUACACGGCUACACAGUAUGACACUGAUGUAGAUUGGGAGACCAACGGCGCCGGCUUCCAUCACAGUCACAAGCAUGGGUUCGGCCUGCUCAAUGCCUGGAGACUGGUCAACGCUGCUAAGGUCUGGGAGACCGUGCCACUCCUGGCGUCUUAUCAGAGCCCGGUUUUAAGAGAAGGAGAGACCAUCCCUGCCUAUCCGAACAAACUCAUCCUCAACUGGAACGUCACAGCUGUAGAUCUCAGACAAUCAGGGAUAAGUUCCUUAGAGCACGUUGCCGUUACGGUGACGCUAACGCACCCCCGGCGUGGAGAUGUCGAGAUCAUGCUCGUUUGCCCGAGCGGAAUGACCUCGCUCGUCGGAGCCAAAAGAGCCUUGGACACAGAUCCUUCAGGAUUCACAGACUGGACUUUCUCCACGGUCCGGUGCUGGGGAGAGCGAGCUUUAGGCCAGUACAGCCUCCACGUCACUGACCACGUUACAGCAGAUUCAACGUAUCCUCUGGGCACCCUGAAGCACUGGAAGCUCACUCUGUACGGCUCGGAGAUGUCCUUCGAGGAGGUGUUGAACAGACAGAGGCUUGUCGAAGAGGCUAUGAGUGGCCAGUAUUUAAACAGCAAUUUCUCCAUACCAUGUCCACCCGGCUUGGACAUUCCUCCUGAAGUGGAAAUACCUUUUACCUCCAGCUCUUUGAAGAUUUUGCUGCUCGUGGGCUGCUUUGCACUCUGCUGGCUCCUGUACUACAUCCUGGAGCUGACGCUCACCCACAUGCACUAUCAAGGGCUGGGACGGGGAGCCUCCAACGCAAAAGACGGCCAGUUUCUGGAAAUGCAGCCACUGACGGACUUAGAGGCCAAAAUGCCCCUCAUAGGAAUCUAUGAUGAAAUAUAGCACUCAGGUGGGGGGAUAUCGGUGUAACUACCCGCACCUUAAUCGACCCGAUGCUAGUCCCUGUAUCCACACUCGCCAGUUUCACGUGCUCAGUCCAGAACUGUAAGGUGAUUAGCUGUGACUUUAUUAGGGUUACGUGGACCUUCAAGCGCACCCAGUGAUGUGCUUUUCGUGUUGAUUCUGAAGCUGCACACUGUUCCGUUGGGGCACAACGACGGGGCACUUAACUAAACAACGUAUUAGUAAUUAUUGAGCAAGAAUCAAUGUGUUUACAGCAGGAGAAGAAUCCUGCUUGUGUAAUUAACAAAUUACUUGAUACAGUGAAUAUACUCUCGUGUGUGUGUGUGUGUGUGAGAGAGAGAGAGAGAGAGAGAGAGAGAGAGAACAUGAAUAAAGAGGAGGAGUGUAUGAUUUCAGAAAUGAAAAAGAGCGCUAUAUUUUUAUUAAAUUAUACUUUUUCAGGUUUUUCUUUACAUUUUGUUUACCGGGGGAAGUGGAAUCAAUGCGUCCAGCAUAACGCCCUUUUUUUUUUUUUUUCCCUUAGAUUUUUUUUUUUUUACCCAGUGUUUAAUAUUAAAAAGUAAGAACAAUGAGCAAUUAAUUUGGCAAUACAUGUAAUAUACUGAUAUUUCUAUAAGAACUGAUGCCUUUUGAGACGCGAGUCUUUUUACCGAGGUAAAGUGUUUUACCAUGUUUGACAAUCCAAAGACAAAAAUAUGAUCAACAGCUGGUCUGAAUAAAGUCAUUUUGGCUGAA